AUGGCUCAGGCCAACCUAACCUGCUGGAAGGGCUUUGUUUUCCUGGGCUUCUCGGGCUUUGGGGAGCUGCAGCUUCUGCUGUUCGCGUUGUUCCUCUCUCUCUACCUUGUCACCAUCACCAGCAACGUCUUCAUCAUCGUGGUCAUCAGGCUGGACAGCCACCUGCACACCCCCAUGUAUCUCUUCCUCUCCUUCUUGUCCUUCUCCGAGACCUGUUACACUUUGGGCAUCAUCCCCAGGAUGCUCUUUGGCCUGGUUAUGGGGGGCCAGGCUAUCUCCUAUGUGGGCUGUGCUGCCCAGAUGUUUUUCUCUGCCUCCUGGGCUUGUACCAACUGCUUCCUCUUGUCAGUCAUGGGCUUUGACAGGUAUGUGGCCAUCUGUGCCCCACUGCACUAUGCCAGCCGCAUGAAUCCUCUGCUCUGUGCCCAACUGGUCGGUGCCUCCUUCGUGAGCGGAUACCUCUUUGGACUGGGAAUGACGGCGGUGAUCUUCCGCCUGCCGUUCUGCGGCUCCUGUGAAAUUCAGCAUUUCUUCUGUGACACGCCCCCGGCGCUGAGCCUAGCCUGCGGGGAUACGAGACUAAGCGAGCUGGGGAUCCUCAUCCUCAGCCUGCUGGUGCUCCUGGUCUCCUUCUUCUUCAUCGCCGUCUCCUACGUCUACAUCGUGCUCGCGAUCCUGAGGAUGCCCUCGGCCGCGGGUCGGAGGAGAGCGUUCUCCACUUGCGCCUCCCACCUCACGGUGGUCACCAUCCACUACGGCUGCGCUUCCUUCAUGUACCUGAGGCCCAAAGCCAGCUACUCUCUGGAGCGGGACCAGCUUAUUGCCGUCACCUACACCGUGGCCACCCCUCUUCUCAACCCCAUCGUUUAUAGUUUAAGGAAUCGGGCUGUGCAGACAGCUCUGAGAAAUGCUUUCCGAGGGAACUUGCUGGGUAAAGGAUGA